GCAGAAGCUCCAGAACUCUCACCCCCUGGCCUGCCUCUGCCCCGUCUGUGCCCACGGAACAGCCAUGAGAAGGCAGCUCCGGUCCAGAAGGGCUCCGGCCUCUCCUUACGCUUAUCGCUACAGACUUGACGAUCAGGAUGAAGUGAACCAGAACUACUUAGCAGAUGAAGAGGAAGAAGCUGAAGAAGAGGCUCGGGUGAUGGUGGUACCCGAUUUGGAGGAGGAGGAGGAAGAAGAGGAGGAGGAGGAAGAGGAGGAGAUAGAAGAGGAGGAAAAGGAGGAGGAAAAGGGUCAAGGUCAGCCAGCAGGCAAUGCUUGGUGGCAGAGAUGGCAGAUCGUGAGCGAAUACCUGUGGGAUCCGGAGAAAAGGAUGUCUCUGGCCCGAACAGGCCUGAUCUUAGUCAUUUACUUCUUCUUCUAUGCCUCCCUGGCUGCUGUCAUCACCCUCUGCAUGUACACGCUAUUUCUGACCAUCAGUCCCUACAUGCCGACCUUCACUGAGAGGGUGAAGCCUCCUGGAGUUAUGAUUAGACCCUUCGCCCAUAGCCUUAACUUCAACUUCAACGUUUCUGAACCUGACACUUGGCAGCAUUAUGUCAUUAGCCUAAAUGGCUUUCUCCAGGGUUACAACGACAGUCUUCAAGAGGAGAUGAAUGUAGAUUGUCCCCCGGGGCAGUACUUCAUCCAAGAUGGCGAUGAGGAUGAAGACAAGAAGGCCUGCCAAUUUAAGCGCUCCUUCCUGAAGAACUGCUCGGGCUUGGAGGACCCUACUUUUGGCUACUCUACUGGACAGCCGUGCAUCCUUCUAAAGAUGAACCGGAUUGUAGGCUUUCGUCCUGAGCUUGGGGAUCCUGUGAAGGUGUCCUGCAAAGUUCAGAGAGGCGAUGAAAAUGACAUCCGAUCCAUCAAUUACUACCCAGAGUCGGCUUCUUUUGACCUUCGCUACUACCCUUACUACGGCAAACUGACUCAUGUUAACUACACCUCCCCGCUGGUGGCAAUGCACUUUACAGAUGUGGUGAAGAACCAAGCGGUGCCCGUCCAGUGCCAGCUGAAGGGCAAGGGCAUCAUAAAUGAUGUCAUCAAUGAUCGUUUUGUGGGUAGGGUGAUCUUUACUCUGAACAUAGAAACCUAAGAACUUUGCAGGGCGCUCCCACUAGUUCUGUUUCUGUUUUAUUUCAUGUACCCCCUGGUAGUACCUGAAUUCUUUUUCUUCGCUCAGGACACAGCCAGAUGGACACCUAAGACAGCAGAUCAUCUUUCCUUGCCUUUGACAUAUGUAUAAAAUGACAUUGUGGGAUUGAUUUUUUAAAGGUAGUCUCUCCUGAUGACAAAUAGAUGAUGUUAAUUUCCUUUC